AUGCAACGUACAAGUUUUGCUAAAUGUUUUUCAAGGUUUAGUGGUGAACGAGAUUUCAAUGUGGUGGAAGAAUUUAUUAACACUAUAAGUAUCUUCAAGAAAAUUGAAAAUAUUUCGGAUGAUGAUGCCAUAGAAGGUUUGGGGUUAUUAUUAACUGGUCAAGCAUCAACUUGGUGGCAAGGAGUAAAAACGGAGGCAAAAACUUGGAUUUCAGCAAUAAAUCUGUUAAGAGAAUCUUUCGCCCCGAAAAAGCAACCUCACGAAAUUUAUUUAGAAUUAUUUUCUACACGCCAAGGUCUCAAGGAAUCAAUUGACACAUUUCUUUGUACAAAACGUGCACUUUUGUCACAAUUACCAACACAACGACACAAGGAAGAGGAUCAAAUUGAUUUAAUUUAUGGUUUGCUAAACAUUUAUUUGAAAAAACAUAUUCCAAGGUCAGAAAUUAAAACUUUUCGGGAUCUACUUACAAAAGGACGUCAUUUUCAAAGUUUAAAAAAUAAUGAAGAGAGAGAAAAAUUAAUAACCAAAAGGUGCAAUUAUUGUAACAAGAGGGGUCACACAGAAGAUGAGUGCAGGAAAAAACAAUAUAAUGAGAAAGCAAAGAAUAUGGAGAAGCCAGGUGUUAAGUGUUAUGGUUGUGGCACUCCGGGAGUGUACAGGAGCAAUUGCUUGAACUGUAAAAGUAAGGAAACGCCACCAAAGCCGGUACAAUUUUAUUCUAUUAUUAAUAAAACUAUAGAAGAUGGCGUAAAAAUACCUAUAAUUGAAGUAACGAUUAAAAAUUCAAAUGGGUACGCUUAUUUAGACUCCGCGGCUCGUACAAGUAUCGCUGGUUCUACAUUAUACGAAUUAUUAUUAAAAGAAGGCUACACUUUCACGGACAAGGAAGCUAUAAUUAAUUUAGCUGAUGUCUCCACAAAACACACGAAGCUCAAAGUUAUAACCAUUGAAAUAAAUAUAGACGUUUGA